CCUUUAAGGAAAGGAAAACAGAAAGGUUUAUUUCAUUUCCUUUAUUAGAGAAAACAGACUACUUCUCUCUGGGCCUGGAGUUGCCAAUCUUAGGUUCCUGGGCACCCACUCACGACUGCGAGCAUCGCGGAGACUUCCCUAUUUAACCUGGGCAGAGAGCGCAGACGCGCGUCCCCUCGCCCUGACUCGAACAGCGCACGAACACGGGCGCACGCCGACAGCACGGCCACUGUCCCCGUGUGACACCCAUCCUCGCCGCCCGUCCCCGCGCGGCGCCCGCCUCCCGCCACACACACACUCACGCGAGCACGCAGGCGCGUGCGGGGUCGAGCCGGAGGCAGUGCGCCCCAGCCACUCGGAGGCGGCCGGCGCCGGAAUCGCAGAGCCCAUGGCAUCCCCCGGCUCCGGCUUCUGGUCCUUCGGCUCUGAAGAUGGCUCCGGGGACCCCGAGAACCCCAGCACAGCGAGAGCCUGGUGCCAGGUAGCUCAGAAGUUCACGGGCGGCCUCGGGAACAAGCUGUGCGCUCUGCUCUACGGAGAGUCCGAGAAGCCCGCGGAGAGCGGCGGGAGCCUGGCCCCUCCGGCCGCCGCCCGGAAGGUCGCCUGCACCUGCGACCAAAAGCCCUGCGGCUGCCCCAAAGGGGAAAUCAACUACGCGUUUCUGCACGCAACAGACCUGCUGCCUGCGUGUGAGGGAGAAAGGCCCACUCUGGCAUUUCUGCAGGAUGUUAUGAACAUUUUACUUCAGUAUGUGGUGAAAAGUUUCGAUAGAUCAACUAAAGUGAUUGAUUUCCAUUACCCCAAUGAGCUUCUUCAGGAGUAUAAUUGGGAACUGGCAGACCAACCACAAAAUUUGGAGGAAAUUUUGACGCAUUGCCAAACAACUCUAAAAUAUGCAAUUAAAACAGGGCAUCCUCGCUAUUUUAAUCAGCUGUCUACUGGAUUGGAUAUGGUUGGAUUGGCAGCAGACUGGCUGACCUCAACAGCAAACACUAACAUGUUCACCUAUGAGAUCGCUCCUGUAUUUGUGCUUCUAGAAUAUGUUACACUAAAGAAAAUGAGAGAAAUCAUUGGCUGGCCAGGAGGUUCUGGAGAUGGAAUAUUUUCUCCUGGUGGCGCCAUCUCCAACAUGUAUGCCAUGCUCGUUGCCCGCUACAAGAUGUUUCCAGAAGUCAAGGAGAAAGGGAUGGCUGCAGUGCCCAGGCUCAUCGCCUUCACAUCAGAGCAUAGUCACUUUUCUCUCAAGAAGGGAGCUGCAGCCUUAGGGAUCGGAACAGACAGCGUGAUUCUGAUUAAAUGUGAUGAGAGAGGGAAAAUGAUCCCAUCCGAUCUUGAAAGAAGAAUCCUUGAAGUCAAACAAAAAGGAUUUGUUCCUUUCCUCGUGAGUGCCACAGCUGGAACGACGGUAUAUGGGGCCUUUGAUCCCCUCUUGGCUGUUGCUGACAUUUGCAAAAAGUAUAAGAUUUGGAUGCAUGUCGAUGCAGCGUGGGGUGGAGGGCUACUGAUGUCCCGGAAACACAAGUGGAAGCUGAGCGGUGUGGAGAGAGCCAACUCUGUGACAUGGAAUCCACACAAGAUGAUGGGUGUCCCUUUGCAAUGCUCGGCUCUCCUGGUUAGAGAAGAGGGAUUGAUGCAGAGCUGCAACCAGAUGCAUGCUUCCUACCUCUUCCAGCAAGAUAAGCACUAUGACCUGUCCUAUGACACUGGAGACAAGGCCUUGCAGUGUGGCCGCCACGUUGAUGUCUUUAAGCUAUGGCUCAUGUGGAGGGCAAAGGGGACCACUGGGUUUGAAGCACAUAUUGAUAAGUGCUUGGAGCUGGCAGAGUAUUUAUACAAUACCAUAAAAAACCGAGAAGGAUACGAAAUGGUGUUUGAUGGGAAGCCUCAGCACACAAAUGUCUGCUUCUGGUUUGUACCUCCUAGUUUGCGUGUUCUGGAAGACAAUGAAGAGAGAAUGCACCGCCUCUCAAAGGUGGCGCCAGUGAUCAAAGCCAGAAUGAUGGAGUAUGGAACCACAAUGGUCAGCUACCAACCCCUGGGAGACAAGGUCAACUUCUUCCGCAUGGUCGUCUCAAACCCUGCAGCAACUCACCAAGACAUCGACUUUCUCAUUGAAGAAAUCGAACGCCUGGGACAAGAUCUGUAAUCAGCUCGUUCACCAAACUGUUUCAAUUCUUUAGCUAGACAGUUAAGUUGUCACAAACUGUGUAAAUGUAUUUGUAGUUUGUUCCAAAGUAAGCCUAUUUCUAUAUUGUGGUGUCACAGUAGAGUACAGUUUAAAAAAUUCAAAACAAGCAAACAAGAAACACUGCUCCUUUAAAAAAAAAAAAUCCUUUCUUAAGUUUAGAAUACCUCUCUAAAUAGUGACAAAAGGCUAUGUUCUAAUCAGUGAGGGAAAGCAUAAAGUUGUUAUAAAACUUCCCUUUUAAUGUGUAUGCUAAUCCAACUUUAUUUUCGCUUCAGGACGGUAGUACUGAAUAGUGCCAAAUCACCCUUGAAUCGUAACAGGUUCCCUGGGGUACAGUAAGAAGGACAAGUAAAUAUAAGAUGUAUGCUGACAACAGAAACUCUUGUCUUUUUCAUAGUAUUAGAAAAAAAAAUUUCUAAUUUACCUAUAGCAACAUUUCAAAUGUAUUUAAUACAUAUAAUUUUACAAAAAGAAAAAUAUAUAUUAAAAGAAAUCCUAUUUUUUAACAUAUAGAUUUUAUUUUAUAUGGGUUAUACAAACUGCAGGGGAAGAUAUGAAAUCUAAGCCAGAUUUUUUUCUUUAUUUUUUUCUCCCUAUCUUUCUUUUCAUGAGGCACAAUGAAAACACAUCAGCAAGGUAAUUUUAACAUAGUAACCCACAAAAUUGUUUAAAAAUGUAAUAACUUAUGUUAGUAUAUAUUACUUCUUGUCAUUUCCCUAAAAAUAGUAUUUCAAAACAAACACACACAAAAGAAAUGAAACUUCUAAAAACAACUGAUCAGCUCAUCAAUUGAGAUUCUCUUCCUGAUUAGGCUUUGCCCUUGUUGGCCCUAGAAGACCCACUUUAAAAACCUGGCAAGCCCAGAGUGGCCCCAAAUCCGGGCAAGCGUGCCCAUUCCGCUUUCCCGUGUAGCCUGCUGUAAACAGGAGGUUGAUAUUAGUUUUCCAAGUGUCUUUUUAAACCAUAUUUUUUUAUUAGAUUAUUUGGAUUAAUUAGAAAAAAACUAAAAAUAAAAGCUAAUCAGCCCUAGCAAAGAAUGUGCCACACAUUCCUUAGGUUUGAUGAGCUCAGAGUCCUAAACCCAGCCAUGGGAGACCAAGCAGUAACGGCUUCAUCUCAAAUGCCGUUUUGCCGCUGUCUGGGGAAAGGGUCACGUGCAUCCUAGAUGCUCUCCUGUUACCAUCCUUCUCUAUCCCAUACUUCAGAGUCUCUCCUGCUAGACUUCCUACCCCAGGAUAUCCCACGUGGCUCUUUUCCUUUCUUGUAAUGAGUUCCUCAUGCAAGCAGUUUUGGAGUAGUCUAAGAACUUCUUUUAUCUGCCUCCCAUCAAGCUUCACAAUGACCAGAAUAUGUAGAGAUUACUAAAAUUCAAAAUAACAUUUUAAGAAUAAGUUUCUUUCUCUGUAAACUGGAUGGAGAGAUUUCCUCAGCUCCCAUGAUAACUUCAGAGUCACAGAUGAACAGAUCUAAGUGCUGGUAGAACCUUUUACAUGCAAAUGGCAGAUACAGGUCUGGAAACAUGAUCCUGCUUGAUAUGGACUGGUAAUUCAAAGCUCAGAAAGACUACUGAAACAGGAGGAAAAAGGCCCUGCCCUUAACAAUCACAGAUCUUCAUGACUUUGCCCCAGAUCUUAUGACCAGGCAGCAUGCAAACAUACUGAGCCUCAGUAUAAAUAUGGCUUCAGCCCCUUGCUGUCUAGAACACCAAUGGAUUCUGUGAGCACCAUAUGGAAAAUUACGGUUAACAAAGUUGCAUGAAGGAAUGGUCUCCCACUUUAGGUAUUCUCUAAUGGGCAAGCAUGCCUUUCCUUUCUAGAAACUGGCUGCAGAGUAAGCGUGCAGCUAGCUGUCCAUCCAUCUUGAGCCUCAGGCCCAAAGAUCUUACUUCCCAGGCAGAGACACUCAUUUAUCAAUCCCACAAUCCCACUUAAAGAAGGCAGUAGGGCCUACUGUUGUGAUAGACAGAAAGCUUAGCCCUUGGGAAACAGUCUUGGUAGCAGAAGCAGGCUUCUAGUUUGAUGAGGUGACAGAACUGAAAAAGAACCUGUGUCCAUGUAUGAGAAUCUAGCAAAAUACUUUUACUAGUGAAUUGAAUCUCCAAACCCCUUCUUCUCCAGAUUCUUCCUCAAAACAUCUGGGAGCCUUGCUCAAACAUAAAAACCUCUUACCACUGUAUCCUAGAGAAUGAGGUAAAUACAAGCCUAAUAAUAGCCCCAAGUGCUUUAAUAGAUACCGUAGCUCUGCCAUCUACUCAAAAGAGGGAAAAAAGACGGGAAGAAAAAAGAAUGGAGGGAGACUGUAUUGACAUUGGUCCAAAUUCCUAGUGCCCAAGGUCUUUAUCUGUGACCUUUUUAUUUUUCUCAUUUUAAAAACAUUGGUUUCAGCUUUAAUCAGAAUUGAUAUGGCCAUUUUAUUUAUACAGCAAUAUUUUAUUUAUUAUUUAAAAUACUUGAAGAAAAAGUACAGUAUGUGUUUAUUUGAGACUUUUAAAUGGUAUAGACAUCAUGUACUGUCACAGGAUUUGAGAAAAAAAUCAUGUGUGUGUGUGUGUGUGUGUGUGUGUGUGUGUAUUGCCCUUAGUACAUUGCUGUACUUCCUGUCACCUCAGAUUGGGGUUGCGUACUUUCUACUGACUUGUGUGGAGCUGCAAAUCAACAUGUGUUGCUGUGAAAGCUUGCACAAUGUGUUAUUAGUGUGUCUUCUCUGUGGUAGCUGUACUGAACUUUGAGAUUAUGAGAACUACAUUUGCAUUCGUUCCUGGUCUCACCCUCUCACCCUGUCCCAGGCUGUGUACCCUCUACAUCAGCUCUUAGAGAGAACAUAACCUCAGCUGAGCCCCACCCUGAGAAAUCUCUUUGAGAACUGUGUGAUCACAUACAAACUGCAAAGGAAGCACUGCUUGGCCGCUGAGGCCAGAGAAACCAAUUAUAGAGUAUCAUAGCUGCUGACAUGGAGGUAUGAACUCGGGGGGACUCAGAUUUGGGGCUACUCCUCAGAACAUGGACAAAGGAAGUGCAGGUGUAAAUAUAGCAACAGGACAAAGAAUCAAGACCAUCAAACCAGGUAUCAUCUUGCACGUGCUUUUCUGUUCUUGAGUGCUAAAUGCAAACACUGUGUAUUAAUUAGUUGCGUGUGACAAGAUCUUGUUACCAACUGGUGUUUCUGAAUAAUGUCAACAUUUUCCCAGCACCCCUCCAUUAUUAAACACAGAAAAAAUAAAAAUAAAAUAUACAAACGUGGCAACCUGUUUUCCCUACCAAAUAUAAACUUGUGUAUGAUCAAAAUAUUUUACCUGUGUUUUCUCCCUAAACCCAAAUAAAUGUGUAAAUGUGGACAUGUCGGGCUUUGCAUGCU